UUUAUUUUUCAGACCUCGAUGAGAAUCUUUGUUUUGGGAAUGACGUCAGUUCAAAAUUCCACGCGUCAAUAUCGUGGAAGGCACGUAGAUUUUGUACCAAGGUGCAUCCAAUCCCAAAUGGGAUUGAUUCAAAACUUCGUUUCACUUCUUUUCCGCGAGGCGUCAAUCACAGAAAACAUCAAAUCACGGAGUCAGUUGUGGCAACUCCAAUCAAUCGCCACUCCACACUCCACACAGAUAGAUAUCUUCUGGCUUCGACAAACCAAAAAGGAAUCCUAUUUGUUGGCAAUUUUCUAUCUAUCUCAUAAAAAGGACGACCUGCAACCAGCUGCCUUUAUAGUUUGACCCGCAAGGUUGUUUGGAGGAACUGAAUCAAUCGUUCGCAAAGCAUCAAUCCCGUUCUUCCUCUGGGUAUCAAUCACAGUCAGAAAAGAACAUCAUUUUCUAUUUUCAUUUUUCCAGAAUUGGAUAUAUAACAUCGCCUACCAAAAGCUCAAGAAUGUUGCUCUUAUCUCGCGAUCGCAAGGCUGCCAUGACCUUGCUGUGUGUGGCGGCGGCCUCGUUGGGUACUACUAGUACGGAUGCCUUUGUGAACCAACCGCUCGUUCCUCGAGCAGUUUCCUCCACUUCUGCCGUUCGUCAUCAUCAUCAUGCCCCGCCACCAUUAUCUACGGUCUUAUCUCGUCGACCUCGUGGUAGCACUGCCUUGCAAAUGGCGGCGAACGAUUUUGAUCAAAUGCAAUACACGGAAGCUGCCUGGUCGGCUGUGGCGGCGGUGACCAAAGUGGCCGAGUACUACAAAAUGAGCUACGUGGAAGCACCCCUCUUGUUGGACUUUUUGUUGAACCCUGGCAAACAUGGAGGUGGAGAUGAUGCCGAAAGCGCCAACCGUGUUGCCGUCAAGGUCCUCGAACAAUCGGGAAUUGAUAUCAAGACACUUCGAUCCACGCUGGAAGAACAUCUCAGUCGACAACCCAAAAUGAGCAGUGGUGGAACACAAAACAUUAUGGGACGUGAUCUGCCCAAAGUAUUGGAGAGUGCCAGAACUGUACAGAGUGUUUUGGGGGACUCCUUUGUCUCCACAGAAGGACUGCUCCUGGCGUUGUGCAAAGAAGACACACAAUUCACUCGAGAUGCCAUUAGCAAACAGGGAGUCAAAUACCAAGAUGUGUUGGAGGUCGUCAAGAAAAUGAGAGAAAAAUCGGGACCCACCAUUUCCAGAGGAGCGGAAAACAUGUACGAUGCCUUGCUCAAAUAUGGAAUUGACUUUACCGAACGGGCCAAGGAGGGUAAACUAGAUCCUGUCAUUGGAAGAGAUGAUGAAAUUCGACGUGCCCUGCAGAUCCUCAGUCGACGAACCAAAAACAAUCCCGUCUUGAUUGGAGAUCCAGGAGUUGGAAAAACAGCCAUUGCGGAAGGAAUUGCACAACGAAUUUUGGAUGGCGAUGUACCAGAAAGUUUGCAAGACUGUCGCCUUAUUGGGCUCGACUUGGGAGCUUUGGUCGCUGGUGCCACCAUGCGUGGAGAAUUCGAGGAACGGCUCAAGGCGGUUUUGGAAGAAGUCACCGGGAGUGAUGGAGAGAUUAUUCUCUUUAUUGAUGAAAUGCACACCGUUGUAGGGGCAGGAGCAGCACAAGGCUCCAUGGAUGCCAGUAACUUGCUCAAACCUGCCCUAGCUCGAGGUGGAUUGAGAUGCAUUGGAGCAACAACAAUCAAUGAAUAUCGCAAGUACAUUGAAAAGGAUAAGGCCUUGGAGCGACGUUUUCAGCAGGUGAUGAUUGAGCAACCCAGUCCAGAGGACACGGUCAGUAUCUUGCGUGGCUUGAAGCCAAAAUACGAGCUCCACCAUGGUGUCAGGAUCAAGGAUGAGGCUCUCCUUGCCGCCGCCAAACUCUCUCACCGCUACAUCCCGGAUCGAUUCCUUCCCGAUAAGGCGAUCGAUCUGGUCGACGAGGCCUGUGCGAAACUGAAGAAUGAGCUUACCAGCAAGCCAGAGCAUUUGGAUGAACUUGACAGACGUAUUAUCCAGCUAGAGAUGGAAAGGCUUUCUCUGUCGAGGGACUACGAGGGGAUGGGAUCAUCUCCUGCGGAGCAACGACGACUUGGAAAGUUAGACUCAGAGCUCGAUCACCUCAAGAGGGAAUCCCAGGAACUCAACAGCAGGUGGAUGGCGGAGAAAGGUGGUGUGAACUUGUACAACCAGGUGAAGGAAAAGAUUGCAGAAGUGGAACUUGAGAUCGAAAAAUGCGAGCGUGAAUUCGACCUUAACAAAGCUGCUGAGUUGAAGUACUCGACCCUUCCACAACUACAAGCGGAACUGGAGAAGCUGGAUGAAACGGCAGGAAACGGAGAGGUGGUUGGUGACCACGAGAAGAUGUUGAGGGACGAGGUGGUAGCUGAUGACAUUGCCAGCGUUGUUGCAGUUUGGACUGGAAUCCCUCCAACCAAGCUCCUUGAAACUGAACGAGACCGAAUCUUGCACAUGGGAGAUAUGAUCAAAGACCGAGUUGUCGGCCAAGAUACAGCUGUCGAUUUGAUCACCCAAGCAGUGCAGCGUUCCCGUGCUGGUCUCAAUGACCCCAACAAACCCAUUGCUUCGUUCAUUUUCCUUGGACCUACUGGUGUCGGAAAGACGGAACUUUGCAAAGCUCUCAGUGAGUUCAUGUUUGACUCGGAAGACAGUUUGAUCCGUAUCGACAUGAGUGAAUACAUGGAAAAACAUUCAGUUGCUAGGCUUUUGGGGGCACCGCCUGGUUAUGUUGGCUACGACGAAGGAGGUCAGCUGACCGACGCGGUUCGAAGGAAGCCCUACGCAGUUCUACUAUUUGACGAAAUGGAGAAGGCCCACCCGGAUGUCUUCAACAUCAUGCUCCAGCUCUUGGACGACGGACGGCUAACUGACAGCAAGGGAACCACUGUGAACUUCCGAAACACAAUCUGCAUUUUCACUAGCAACGUUGGAAGCCAAGAAAUCUUGGACUUGGGCGGUGCCUCCGACAUGGAAUCUCAGGCUGAAAUGAGACGUCGCGUGACGGCAGCAAUGAAGGAUAAGUUUAAACCCGAGUUCUUGAACCGAAUUGAUGAGAAUGUAAUCUUCAACAGUCUUUCGAAGCAGGAUCUCAGUGGCAUUGUCAAGCUUGAAUCGCGCCGACUGCAAGAUCGAUUGGCUGAGAAGCAAAUGACACUGAACAUCAGUCAAGGCGCGCUUGAGUACCUUGCCGAUGUGGGCUUUGAUCCCGUUUAUGGAGCCCGUCCUCUGAAGCGAACAAUUCAAAGGGAACUUGAGACAGUUGUCGCUAAAGGAAUCUUGGAAGGUGAAUUUGCCGAUGGUGACACAAUCGACGUGAAUGUUGUGAUGGACAGACUUCAAAUCUCAAAGGGAAUCCCGGUGAUAGCACCAAUCGAAGAGGAGGAGAUGAGCGGUGCAUUUGAUUAGGUAGACAAGGUCGCGAUGGCUAGACUUCGCUAGUAAGACAAUUUGAACUGAUAAACCAUGAUUUGGUAGUAGUUCUGAAUGAAAUCGUAUGUACCACUUGGGCAACAGUGGCUGCGACUGGCUGCACGCGAACUAGACGUUGUGGACCUCUCCACUGCUGCGUGGUCCCGCCGUAUCGCUGAGCGGUUGCAUGCUGAGUCCCAAUGAGCUGUA